CCACCAUGGCCGACCAGCUACGUCCUGAGCUCGUCGAGGCCAUCAUCUCUGAGUUUUGGUACGACGAGCAUGCAUCGGACGACCGUAUCGUUUUUAUGACUGCAUGCCCCCUCAUCAGCACCGUCUGGCGGAAUACGUAUGAACAUAUUACUUCGCGGGAUAUCUACGUGCCAACCCUCGCCUAUCUCUUCCAUCUUUGUUCUAUCGUUAAAUCCACAAAGUCUGUCAUAUAUCGCUCUUCUCUGCCAGAAUCUGCCCGUACUAUCACCUGCCAUGUCGACCUCAUCGAAUCCAACAACGACGCGGCCAUGCACCCAUACUCGGUCCUUUGCAGCUUGCCCAAUUACACCGGAUUUCGAAAAUGUUUCCCAAAUAUCCAGUACAUCCACCUACAAAUCAGGUUUCGCAUCAGAACGGGUCGCCCCUUCUUGCCUCGUCACCAGCUCGUCCACACACGCGUUUCCAUAGUGCUCAAUGAAUCCACGACGCAACUCAGUGUACUUCCUGUGGACUGGCACGUUGCUGUGGAUGAUCCACCCGAUUCACUGGAAUACGAUCCAUUCUGCCUUCUCGCGACCUGGAGUGUCUUCCUCGUUGAGUUCACUUGUGAUAUGGUCCAAUGCUGCUCGCAGUUCAUGAGCAUAUGGAGCUCUUCAUCCAUCACCCCCGCAGCGAAAGGCUCAACGUACUCUGAAGGCGUGCGUUAUUUUAACAAUCGCAGUCGCUGCAUAGAACGAGAGGGUGACUUAUGGGACCUGAAUUAUCGCUUCCGGAAAGCAGCCAGAACGCCUAUAAACCUCAAGAAUUUCUUUUCAGACCUGUAUUGGGUUCUCAAAGGUGCCGUCACGAUUGAGAGUCAUAUGUGGAGAAGUGUGUUGCAACUUGAAGAUAACAUCUAUUACCAACAGCGAACCCUUACCACCAAUCAACAAACCCUGGUCUUGGCACAUCCGCUCCCGGAAAAGAAAAUCGCACAGAAUAAUGGCGGCUCCGAGUAG